AUGGUAUCCCAGACCCAAGCCGUUACCACGGCUCAUGAGCAGCCAAGCUCUUCCAUUUCGACCAAUGGAGCUACUUCCAACAAAGCCGAGGUCCAAAUGCAGUCGAGUGGGCCAAGACGCAGCAAGUAUCGUCAUAUCGCUGCGUAUCACUCGCAGCUGCGGCAUUCCAGCCUUAGCAGAGAUUCAGAUGUGACACCUAGCUUUUUGGGGUUUCGAAACUUGAUGGUUCUGGUCCUUGUCCUCGGGUCAAUCCUCUUUGCUUUGGUUCCAUGUCAUCUGUUUUUGGCCUAUGUCAUCGAGCUAUCUGCAGCUUCUUCUGCGAAGCAAGCUGUGGGCCAACAGAAGAAGACAGCUGAAGAGAAGGAGCGCGAUCAGCAGGCUUUCCGAUCUACUUGGCCAUACACGGCCUUCCUCCACACCGUGAAUGCCACAUUGUGUCUUGCAGUGACCAGUUUUGUGGUUUAUUUCUAUAUCCACCAUCCAGGCAUUGGUACCCUCUGUCAGCUCCACGCGAUCAUCGUGUGGCUGAAGAAUUGCUCUUAUGCCUUCACCAACCGAGAUCUACGUCUCGCAUAUCUCAACCCGUCGGCUGACCCUGGCCCCCCGGAAAUCUACGCUACAUGCCCUUACCCCCGAAAUGUCACCAUUAAUAACCUCACAUACUUCUGGCUUGCUCCCACAUUGGUCUACCAGCCUGUCUACCCUCGUUCUGCCUCAAUUCGUUGGUCAUUUGUGGCGAAGCGGCUGGCUGAAUUCGUUGGGUUGUCAGUGUUCAUCUGGCUUCUCUCCGCGCAAUACGCCGCACCUGUCCUGCGGAACUCAAUCGAUAAAAUCGCCGUCAUGGACAUUGCGUCUAUCUUGGAACGUGUGAUGAAGCUGUCCACCAUCUCCUUAAUCAUUUGGCUUGCUGGUUUCUUUGCCCUUUUCCAAGCCUUACUCAAUGCGUUGGCGGAAGUCAUGCGCUUCGGUGACCGUGAAUUUUACACCGAUUGGUGGAAUAGCUCCAGUCUUGGAGGCUAUUGGCGGUCAUGGAACCGACCGGUGUAUUCGUUUAUGAAGAGGCAUGUUUUUUCGCCCCUGGUGGGUCGUGGAUGGAGCCCUCUAGCCGCGAGUGGUAUGGUCUUUGCGCUAUCCGCCAUUCUUCACGAGAUGCUAGUGGGGAUUCCCACCCACAACUUUAUUGGUGUUGCAUUUUUUGGUAUGAUGUUCCAGCUACCCUUAAUCGCGCUCACGGCGCCCCUGGAGAAGAUGCGAGACCCGCUGGGGAAAACCCUCGGCAAUUGUAUCUUCUGGGUCAGCUUUUGUCUGGUCGGGCAGCCACUUGGAGCUCUCCUGUACUUCUUUGCCUGGCAGGCGAAGUAUGGCAGUGUUAGUCGAAUGCGUGCCUGA